UUCACACACACUUCGCAUACCAUAUACAACCGUACCCUUCACUUAAUACUGAUCUCCAACUUCAUCUUUCUCCAUUAAACACAACCCCAUCCCAAGAAACUUGAUCAUAACCUACAAGAUUGAAGCAAGAACAAGAAAGACACAAAAGUAGAAAGCUUUGCAAGUGAUAAUGGAGUUCUUUACACCACAACCAGACCUGUCUCUUAGAAUCAGCCCACCCAACACACAACCCUCUUCAAAACCUUGGAGACCAUCAAACCCAUCACAUCAAGAUCAUAAUUUGGGUUUGGAUCAUUUGUGGAAGAAAGCUUUAAGCUCCCAAAACCACCAGCAUGCACCCAACCUAACCCAUAACACAAACACAACUAUUCAGGAACAUCAUGAUCAGGGACUAAGCCCAGAGCAAGGGUUUUUGAUACCCAUAAGAGGGGUGCCUGUUUAUUACCAAAAUAGUCAUCCUAAUUUCCAAAUACUAGCUCAAUAUCCUCAUCCACCUCCCCCUCCUCCUCUUCAUCAAAUUAACCACCCUUCAUUAGAUUCUUGUACUAUAUCUACAAGUAGUAGCUCUUCUUCUUUAACUCAUGGAAAUAGUCCUAACAAUAUUGCGCGAUCACGGUUCUUGUGUUCGAGGUUUCCGAUUAAGCGCAGUGUUCGAGCUCCGAGGAUGCGAUGGACAACUACCCUUCAUGCUCGGUUUGUCCAUGCUGUUGAGCUCUUGGGUGGCCAUGAAAGAGCCACACCCAAGUCAGUUCUUGAGCUAAUGGAUGUUAAAGAUCUCACAUUAGCACAUGUGAAAUCUCAUUUGCAGAUGUAUCGAACAAUAAAGACAACAGACAAAGGGCUAGCUUCCUCAGGACAAUCGGAAGUUUAUGAGAAUGGAUCAUCGGGUGAUAAUUCCGAUGAUAUAAUGUUUGACAUCCAAAAUCAAAGAACAGGAUUAUCAGCUAAGCAAGGAGGACAGUCUAGCCUUUGUCAAGAUAAAGUUUUCCAGCAUUGUCGUUGGAGCAACUCGUCAAGCAGGGAAGUUUUGUUGAAUGGCAAACAGGAAGAUUUUGAUGCAAACAUACCAUAUCUUGAGAAGGAAAUGAAUUCAAAAGGUAUGAAGCAUGAGAGAUCAUCAGACGUGAGCUCAUCGAGCCAUUCAGAAACCAGCCUUAAGAAGCCCAAUCUAGAAUUCACUUUGGGAAGAGCACAGUAAUAUAUAUAAUGUAGCACUACUCAUUUUGAUAUAAUUAGUGUUACUUAAUGCAUGGGAGAUGAUAAAAAAGAGAGGUGCCCAUUGAAAAAUCAGUUGAGAAAAGUAAUGAAGGGAAAAGGAGAGCAGAAGACAACUAAGGACACAAAAAGCAUCAAAGGACCGGAGUAGGGUUUCAAAAAGCAUAUAUUUGCUUUCAAAAAACUGUAAGAAACCCAUAUAUAUAUUUAUUGUAGUACAAUAGAUCGAUCUUAAAUAAUAUAUAUAAAAGAAAUGAGACAAGAAAUUGAUCGAA